GUUGGCAAUUUCUCCACCUAUAUAUAUAUCUGACUUUCUGAUUGAAAACUUUAAGCGUGUUUUUAGUAAUCUUUUCUUUGGUAAGAUGUUAGAUUAUUAUGUAAUGUUUCAUCAGGACGCAAGAGAGAUGCCAAAUCCAUUCCCAAAACUUCCCCACUUCAACAACUUCACAAUCUCCAAGUGCAACAACUUCACAAUCUCCUCGUUUGUUUAAAGAGCAAUGCCAGACAUCCUUGAUUCUCAUCCACGGAAAAAAAGAUUCAACAUUUCCCGCGGAAAGAACCAGUGGAGCAUUCUGAGUAUCGAUAUCUAAGAUGAUCAAGCAAUCACCAGUUUCGAUUUCUGCAGCAAUCUUGUUUGCAGUUGCUAUUUUCAUGGCAACAUCUGCAGAAGCUGUUGAUCCUCCACCAGAAGUACCGGUUUUCGAGCUUUAUAUGCACGAUAUACUCGGUGGGAGCAGCCCUACAGCCAGACCCAUCACAGGUUUGCUCGGGAAUAUCUACAAUGGUCAGGUACCCUUUGCUAAGCAGAUAGGAUUUGUCCCGCCCAAAAACGGCAUAGCCAUCCCCAAUGCAAAUGGUGCACUUCCGACGGUUAAUGGCCUCAAUGGUGUGCCCUUGGGAACUGGAUUGUCUGGUACAACCUUUACUGGGAACUCUGGUCAGAACCCGAAUGGGAUUCAGACACAACUGGGUCCUGAUGGUCUUAGCCUUGGGUUCGGCACGAUCACUGUGAUCGAUGAUAUAGUAACAUCUGGUCCUGACUUGGGUUCUCAGCCGCUCGGUAAGGCUCAGGGAGUUUAUGUUGCCAGCUCUGCAGAUGGAUCCACCCAGAUGAUGGCUUUCACAGCUAUGUUUGAAGGUGGGGAGUACAAUGACAACCUCAACUUCUAUGGAGUUUACAGGAUUGGAAGUGCCAUGUCACAUCUCUCUGUGACUGGCGGGACAGGCAGAUUCAAGAAUGCUUGUGGGUUUGCUGAGAUUCGACCAUUGAUCCCGCCUGGUCAGCACGUUACAGAUGGAGCAGAAUCGCUGCUUAGGAUCAUCGUCCAUCUGAAAUACUGAAAAACAAAUUUGUAUUCUAUAAAGAUGUUAACUUUGUGAAUGUGUGUGAAUGACAAAGUUACCUUCUUGUUAAUGCCACUGCAACUGGUUGGUGAAAGCAUUCCACUUGAUUGGCUCCGUUUUUGGUUCCGUGCCCUGUAGAUAAAAAGAGAACUCGUGUUUUCGAAUAGGUAAGAAAUCCGGUUUGCCUGUACCUGUCAA